GUGAGAAGUUCGAAAAAUUUUGAGAGGUCUUUGGUUGUUUUAAGACUUGUCUUCAAACGGCGUACUUUGUCUUGUUGGCCAGCUAAAUGAGUGCAGAACAACAAGGUGCUCUUCUUCUCAAGAGACAGCUUAAGGAACUAACCAAGAAUCCGACUGAAGGUUUUUCUGCUGGCCUUAUCGACGAUGACAAUCUUUUUAAAUGGGAAUUAAUGGUGGUUGGACCCCCGGACACCUUUUACGAGGGAGGCUUGUUCAAAGCGCACUUGUAUUUUCCUAAAGAAUACCCACAAAGACCACCGAAAAUGAGAUUUAUAUCGGAUUUCUGGCAUCCAAAUGUGCACAAAGAUGGUGAAGUCUGUAUCUCAAUCCUUCAUGAACCUGGUGAAGACAAAUUUGGUUAUGAACGUGCAUCAGAACGUUGGUUGCCAAUCCACACAGUUGAAUCUAUUUUAAUGAGUGUUAUUUCCAUGAUUUCUGACCCUAAUGACGAGUCUCCCGCCAAUGUCGAUGCUGCUAAAGAAUGGAGGGAAGAUUACUAUGGAAUUUUCAAGAAGAAAGUCAAAGCAUGUGUUAAGAAAAGUCAAGACGAUCUCAUAUCCUAAUCAUUGUACAGUACUCUUUUUUGCCUUUGGAGGAGACAACAAAAAUGCAGAAUUAUAGUCAUAGUCAUUAGUAAUACUUAUAUAAUUAAGUUUGCAGGGGUUUCGAAUUAAGAUACUACUGGCAGUUUACAAGAGAAUUUCAUUGUUUGUGAAUUUGUUUACAUUAGCACAAAAUAUGAUUAACCAAAUUAAAGAUAACCAGUGUUCAACUUUUGAGCAGCUUUUUCAACCAGAACAGGGAUUGGCAAAUUAUAAAAUGUAGCCAUAUAGAAUCAGAAAUUUAAGCCUGCUGUAGAGAGUGUACAGUACAACUUUUAGUUUGCAAAUGGUAGGUGACUGACAUGCACAUUGCAGCAUGUUAUUGACUGUACUUUGGAAGAAAAGAAAAAUAACUAGGUUGAACAGGAAUGUGCGUUAAUUACUAUCAGAAUAAAGCAUUAGUUUUUAGACCUCAAAUUGUGCUCUUGAACAUCAAAGGUAGCCGUAGUGAUUAUAUGCCUUCAGAUCUCUAUGACCAGUAAGCUUUUGCAUGAAUUUACAGUAUAUUUAACUGGUGCUAAGCCGAACAAUUGCUGCCUGCCUUUAUACUUACUGGUAGCUAAUAUCAGUGUCAAGCCCUGGAAACUGUUGCUUAAAAUGGGUACAGUUUUUCCAGGUCGCAUUCAACUUCAUCAUGUCAUUCCUAGAGCUUUACCAUUAGGAGCCACUGUACUGUAAACCAUUUGAUUGAAACCCCUGCAAUAUAUAGCUUGCUAGAUUCUUGCAACAUUUUUGUAAUAUAUUUCUCACAUUGCUUUCUAUACAUGUUGCAGAAGCUUACCAUUUUUUGGCUGUUGUAGUUUAUUGGUGUAAGCAGCUGCAUGAAAAGGUUGAUAAUAGCUUAUUAUAAGUUGAUGGUCAAUUAACCUUGAAUCAACGAGAAAAAUUCUGACUCUUUUAUAUUAAUUCACACUGCUGUGAAUCUGAGUAAAUGUGAUUCAAAUCACAAGGCUGGAAUACUGUUGUGUAAUAUGUUGCUCGACAUCUUUUUCUUGACACAAAAUAUGUGAACAAAUGUGGAUCCUUUGCAAUCAUAAGAUUUUCAAGCGUAAUUAGUUGGAAAAUGUAAUGAUCAUCAUUCUUUCUUGGUAACAGUGCACCAUAUACAAUACAUAAGUUGUAACAUACAUGUACUUAACACUUCUUUUCAAUGCAAAAACAACUUCUCUUGCUUUCUCUCAAGUGAAUGUAAUUAACAGUAUCAUGACUAAUGAUGGUGCUGAUUUGUACAAUGGUAAAUUAUAAGGCAGCAGAAUACAAAGUUAAAACUAAAAUGAAAUAGCAACUUAUCACCAUUUAACAAUCCUGAGCUCAACUAUGUCUAAAAUGUUUAAAAAAAACCUUUCAGAUUCUUUCAACUGUAAGUUCUGGCCAUCUCUGUUCCACACAAUGUUAUGCCAUUGGACUACAAGAACCAUAUACCCCUACCUCUUAAACAACAACAGAAACAAAACCAGUCUGACUUUUUAUACUAUACAAAGGUAUAAUGCAACUUGAUUUUACUUGGUGUCCUAUAGAUACUCUGACAAUGAUUUGAGUUACUUUUAGUACUGGAUAUCAAAUAAAUUCGCCCCGCCCCAAACA